GGCGUUUCAUUUUGUGGUUGGUGAGUUUGUUUAUCGAUCACACUUUACAAUCUGACUAUUCCCACUUAUCUUAUUAGAUGGUCCACCAAACAACUAUUGAUGCACCAAAUACUUCUCACGGACUUCUACCCUUAGAGAAAACAACUUUUAUUAACUCUGUUAAACUCCUUAAAGCGAUCUUUUAGACCUCUAACUCAUUUAAUUUAUCCAUCCCCUAAAUAUAACUGCCAAAUAUUGCGGAGAUUCAAAAUGUCAGUGUUCCGUGAUCUUCAUUGAUCAAAUCGUUUCUACACCGAGACGUAAAAUAGUAUGUUCAGACAAGAUAGCUCAAAGCCAAUAAAUAUGGUAGAGAGGAUCAACAGGAAAAUAUAUAUAUUGUUUUACGCAGAGGUGCAAAAAAUUGAGAAUUUUGAACUGAGAGGCUAGAAAAGGAAAUGCGUAUCAUUGCAGGAUGUUGACUGACUGACAAUUGACCAAAUGCCCUAAACGAGAUCGUGUACAGUAAGAAAACCUAGGUCAGCAUUAACACUGAAUCCUCGCCAAACCAGUUGUUUUAAGAAAUUACUUUCUUAUAUGUUCUCAUUCAACAACCCUUUUCAGUAUGAAUGGGAAUUAUGGUUUAUGAAGGCAAAAUCGAAAUUCCAAAUGAUAAUGAAGAUGUGAGAAUGGAAUCAGAAGAAGAAAUAGAACCUACACUGAGACAAAGACGUAAAUGGAUAUCUCAACUAUAUCAUGGUGAUUUACCAUGGAUUCAUGGAUUGAAUCGAGCUGCUGUGAAUCAAAGAUUAUAUAAUACAAUUAGAAGAGAACGUCGAUUCUUUUGUAAUCCAAUGGGAUGCGUUUAACUUAUUCUGAUGAACAACAUUUUAUAAACAAUACAAUCAUAUAAUAAUGUAAUCAUAUAAUCAUGUCUGUAUACUUAAAUAGCACAUAAAUAAAUGUCUUUCUUGUCAAUAAUUACUAAAAGUGAAAAAUAAAAUUAAUUAUACAGAAAUAAA